AUGAUUGAUUUUUACAUUGUCUAUAACACCCAUAAUAAUGCUACUUGGAGAGGCACUGCUAUAUAUGGCUAUCCCAAAUCUAAUCAAAAAACCUUAACCUACAAUUUGAUUAAUAAUCUGGCUCAAAGAAACCCCCAUGAUAAUUGUAACCUCAUUAGAUAUGACAAAGAGAAAGUGGGGGAAAACCCUAUGCUUCCUCAUCUUUCUAACAUUAUUAAUGAUACUUUUUCUUCUUGUCAUCUUAAUGAUUUAGGCUAUAUUGGUAAUAUGGAGACCUGGACCAACAACCAGCAAGGUGGAGAUUUCAUCAUGGCUAGACUGGAUAGAUUUAUGGCCAGUAACAAUUGGAUCACUAAUUUUCCCCACUUCUCUAACACCCAUCUCCAUAGAAUAUCCUUUGACCAUAACCAUAUUCUCCUAAAAUUUUCCUCUAGGCAGGAGUUGUCUUCUCCUAGAUAUUGUGUCAAGAGAUCACAACAUUUUGAGAACAUCUGGAUGGAGCACCAGGACAUUGAGGGAAUAAUUGAGAGCUCUUGGAAGAACCAGAAUCACAGGAAGACUCGGGAUAAAAUUCAAAAUACCCUUGACAUCUUAUGUAAUUGA